AUUGACUGGCCAUCCACUUGACAACAACAAUAACUGCUCCUUUUAUCAACCUCUUCUCCCACCUACCUCCGAAGCUUCCAAACUCCCCCACACCAGAAACAAUGUCGAUCUCCGGCGACGGCAAACUCCCGCACUUAGUCCUCCUCCCCUCCGCCGGCAUGGGCCACCUCCUUUCGCCUUCGGCCCGCCUCGCCGCACCCUCGUUGACCCGUGGCUGCACCGCUGACUUAUCCGCCCAACGACGCGUCUCCAACGCGGAGUCCCUCUGCAUCUCUCGCCUCCUCGACUCGUUCCCUAACAAAAUCAACCUCCUCAAUCUCCCUCUUGACGAACUAAACCCCGAUCAGUUUUCAACCACCGACCCUUUCUUCCUUCGCUUAGAGGCCAUUCGUCGCUCCGCUUACCACGUCGCUCCUCUUCUCGCUGCAGUCUCUGAUCCUAUCUCUGCAGUAAUCGUAGACAUUUUCUCGGCUUCUGCCUUCAUUCCGACUGUCAACACUUUAAACCUCCCUUGCUACAUACUCUUCACCUCCUCCGCCGCUAUGUUAGCUCUCUGUGCUUACUUCCCGACUUACAUUACCAAAAAUAGUAGCAGCAUCGUCGACAAAAUCGACAUACCUGGACUGCGAACCAUACCAAGUUCAUCGUUGCCUCCUCCUCUCCGUGAUCCGGAGCAUCUAUUUCGAAUCCAGUUCGUCGAGAAUGGUCAGGCCCUUACCAAAGCUGACGGGAUCCUGGUGAACACAUUCCAAGCGUUGGAGCCUGAGGCGUUGUCUGCGCUGAAUGCGGGGCACGUAGCGCCUGACCUGCCGCCGGUGUUUGCGAUUGGGCCUCUUUGUAAUCCACUGCGAUCGGAGAAAAGAACCGCGUUAUCGUGGCUCGACGAACAGCCGGAGGAUUCGGUGGUGUACGUGAGUUUUGGGAGCAGGACGGCCAUGGCAGCGGAGCAGAUCGAAGAAUUGGCAGAUGGGCUUGAGAGAAGCGGGCAAAGGUUUUUGUGGGUGCUGAAGACCAAGAAAGUGGACAAAGAAGAAGAACAAUAUGGCUCCGUGAGGAGAGUGAAGGACAGGGGAAUGAUAAUAAACGGUUGGGUAGAACAAGAAGACAUACUCCAUCACCGAGCGGUCGGGGGGUUUCGUCAGCCACUGCGGAUGGAACUCGCGUGACAGAGGCGGCGCUGGCGGGGGUGAGAGUGCUGGCGUGGCCGAGGAUGGGGAUCAGAGGGUGAACGCAGGGGUGGUGAGGGGGAGCGGGAUG